AUGCUGUCAUUUCAGAUCCAAAGUUCGGAGGUGUUGGCGCGGCUCAAGCCGUUUGGAAUCACAUUUGAAAAAUCCCUUUCUGAUCUCAUCAAGGGCAUCCGCUCCCACUCCAAGGAAUCACCAGAAAGUCUUCUGGCAUUUUUGGAUAAUGCAAUUCAAGAAUGUAAAGUGGAGCUCACCACCACAGACUUUGAGGUCAAGGCCACAGCGGUCCUCAAAUUGGCUUACUUGGAAAUGUACGGAUUUGACAUGAGUUGGUGCAAUUUCCAGAUCUUGGAAGUGAUGUCGUCGGCCAAGUUCCAACAGAAGCGAAUCGGCUAUUUGGCAGCCACACAGUCGUUUAAGAGCGAACAGGAUCUUCUAAUUCUAGCCACUAACCAGUUCAAGAAGGAUUUGAAUUCGCACAAUCACAUUGAGGUAGGAUUGGCCCUCAGUGGUAUCGCUACCAUCGUCACAGCCAACUUGGCCAAGGACAUUGUAGACGACGUGGUGAUGAAACUUAACCACCUGAAGCCAUACAUCCGUAAGAAGGCUGUGUUGGCUUUAUACAAGGUGAUUCUUCAGUAUCCCGAGAGCAUCAGAGCGGCAUUACCUCGGGUGAUUGAGAAAUUGGAUGAUCCCGAUGUUUCCGUGGUCAGUGCAACGCUUACAGUUGUUUGUGAGAUCUCAAAGAAGAACCCCAACAUCUUUAUAGGCUACUUGCCGAAAUUCUUCAACAUUUUGGAGAGCACGUCCAAUAAUUGGCUUACAAUCCGUGUGUUGAAGCUCUUCCAGAGUUUGCUGAAGAUCGAGCCAAGAAUGAAGAAGAAGAUCUUGCCAUCGAUUCUCAAUUUGAUGGCGAAAACAGAGGCAACGUCGUUGGUCUACGAGUGUAUCAGUUGUAUUGUCAAUGGCGGUAUGCUUUCCGUGGACUCGUCCAAGGACAAGGAGAUCGCCAAGCAGUGUAUCAACCACAUCAUGAAAUUUUUCGAAACCAGAGACUCUAAUUUGAAGUUCGUUGGACUAAUUGCUUUGAUCAAUAUCUUGAAGCUUUUCCCGGAAUUCAUGCACAAAAUCAAGGACGUCUCAGCAGAGAUCAUGAAUUGUUUGACAGAUAAGGACCUCAUCAUCAAACGUAAAGCACUUGAGAUCUGCCAGUAUUUGGUAACCGAAGAUAACAUCGCCAAUAUUGUGAAGGUGCUUCUAUUGCAGUUAGUUCCUGAAGAAAAUGACUACAGAAUCCCGGAGGAUUUGAAGUUAGAGAUUACCGACAAGAUUUUGGAAAUUGCUUCCCAGGACAACUACUCGAACAUUCCUAACUUCAAGUGGUAUGUCACUGCUCUCAAGGAGUUGGUGAGUUUGACUCUUUUGCUUCUGGCUGACAACGGAGCCGGUACUUCUGUUGCGCUCUCUGAAUCUGCUGCUAUGACUAUUGCUAUCAAACUUGGCAGAGAAUUCAAGUCUUUAGCGGUUAGAGUUCCUUCAAUCCGUCCAUUCAUUUUGAACAAGGUCAUUGUCCCAUAUUGUAAUGACUCCAAGCCUUUAUACCUAUGCCCGCUUUUGAUGAGGGACUUGUAUUGGAUUUUGGGUGAGUAUAUCAGUGAAAUUGGACAAGAUGAAGAUGAAUCAGAUGAUUCGUCCUCACCACUUGGAGACAAGGUGCGUCUCUUCAAUACUUUCGUGAACAAUUAUAUCGAUAAGGAGUUGAAUACCAAUCAAUUUCCUGUGUCGAGCGCAAUUGUUAAUCUUUCCGAUUCGUCUGUGUUGGUCAUAUAUAUCCAGACUCUUGUAAAGUUGCUUUCUGGAAUAAUCGAUGACUAUCAGGAACUAUACCUGAACUUUGGCAAGCUUCCAUAUAAGAAUUUUGGUGAAAUCGAACUUUUUGUAUGGAAAGCAGUGACGUUUUUGGAAAAUUGGGAAAAUCAUUCCGAUUACGAAGUUCAAGAACGGACUUUGUCCUGGUUGGAAUUCUUGAAACUUUGCUUGGAUGCCAUGAGAGUGAAAGAUCUGAUAUCUUUGGACAGACUCAAAACAGAGGAAAUUGCCUAUUAUAAAAAAGCUGCGCUUACUAAUUCCAAGUCGGCAACUCAAGUGGACUCUGAGAUUGAGGAAGAUGGAAGCUCAUCCGAGGAAGAAAUUGACGAUCAAGAUAUGCUUGAACUCGAAAGUGAGUCUUCUGACGAAAGCGCAGAUGAAGCAGAUGAAGACAACGAAGGCGACGAAGUUAACGAAGACAACGAAGAUAAAGACAAAGAAAGCGAAGAAGUAGAGAUCAAGAGAACUGAUGAAACUGCUUCGGUUGAAGACAAGGAAGAUAAAGAACUACCUCAACUAUUGGCGACUAUCUUGCGUUCCUUUUUUAAGGCAUAUCGGUUGAAUCCCAUUUCUGCCACGGCCCAAAGACGCAUUCCCCUCCCUGAAGAUUUGGACUUGGAUGCUCAGAUCAAUGAUCCACCAGCAUUCUGUUUGGUUACUAGCGAACCAGAAAGUGGUACUGAGGAUAAUGAAUCAGCUGAUGAAUUGCAAGCAUCGAGUGAGUCAGAGGCUGGCUAUGAUGACAGAGCAUUGAAAGAGCGUUUGGAGAGAUUGAAAGAUGACCCUUACUACAUCACUCCAAAAUCGAAACUGAAAACGCCAAAACAUAGACAGAAGAUUUUUGGUGUGGAUGACAGUAACAGCAUGGCUCUGAGCGAGAGAGUGUCACUUGCGUCGCCUCCUGUGGAGCGCAUAAAGAAGAGCAAGAAACCUAAAAAGAUGAAGAAAGAAAAGGUGAUUGUUUUGGAUGAAGAAACUCUUGGUGGUCCAGAUUUGGAGGAAAAGGUUGAGAAAAAGAAGAAGACGACCAAGCUUUUUUCAAACAAUUUCAACCUCGAGGAUAUAAAUAUGAACGCACCUCAGGUCACGGGCGAAGGUGAGGUUGAAGAUAAGAAGGACUUUGAGUAUGAUGUGGAUCUCGGAGCUUUCAGAGCCGAACUUGAAAAGAAGGCCAAGAAGAAGGCUCAGAGAGAGGAGAGAAAGAAAGCUGAAAGGGAUGAGAGAAAGAAGGCUGAGAGAGCUGAAAAGAAGAAGCUCAAGAAAAACAACGAGGAAGUUCAACAUAGAGAAGAUGAGGUGACUGGUAAAGUUGCUGCUGAUGAGCCUGAAAAUGAUGAAUCGACGGCUUUACCUCAGAAGUCCCGAGAAGUCAGUGUUGAGCCAAUUCAUGAAGUGAACACUGCCGACAAAGUGGUGACGGUUCCCAAGAAGAAGACAAAGAAGAAGAAACGUGCAACGAUCUUAGAUUGA